CACUGACGCAAUUGCCCUGCGCCGAGUCUAGCGACCUGCGGACGGCGCCGCGUUCACCCAUGUUUGACGUUGUCACAGGGUACGUCCCAACCACGCCGCCAUUGCGAGUACGGGCCAAACCGACCAAGUCCAAGAAAAAGCUCAGCCGAUUAACGAAAGAGCAACGCGAGCUGCUCGCUCAAAAGUACGCCAACAACAAUAAUCAAUCAGGUGAACAUCGGCCAGAGGCGUCGAACGAGGACAACAACCUGUCACACGACACGACCGGCGAGACCUUGUCGUACGACGACGCGGCCACCAAGAUCCAGAACGCGUGGCGGUGUCACUUUGCAUGCCAGUUGAAAGCCCGGCUCCAGGCCCAAAUCGGCCGCCCGGCCCAGCUCCACGUCCACAAGAUCCACGUCUCCGCCAAGUGGCUGCGUCUGGGCGCAUAUUGCAUCGUGACAGUGCUGCGGCGACCGUACGGCCCGCUCAUGUACCAGUACAAGACGGAUCUGACCAAACAGUCGGCUUUAACUUCCCAGGCGCCGUUCUUCGUGCCGAUCAUGUCGGCCAAGUACGACGUCAUCGUGACCGUGGUGGCCGAGCCAUCCAAGCUGCAGUACCCCGUGUUCCUGGGCCAGGCGGUACUGGCCGUCGACGACUCGUGGGCCGACGACCAUCAAGUCCAACGCAACGUGCCGUUCCAAGGCUACCGAUUUCCAGUAGACGUCCAGCUGCAGAACUCGGACCGACACGUCGAAGGCCACGUAGUCUUGAGCCUGGUGUCGCUGAACGCGUCUGUGACAUCGUUCUCGGGCCCGCUGGCCGUGCGCCCGUCCGGCGUGACCAAGACCCUGGCCAGCAUGCGACACCGCGUGGGCAAACUGUACAUGAAGAACGGCAUGUCGUACGAGUCGGCGCUGUCGUGGUGUCAGAAGGCGCCGGAUAUUCUGCAGUGGGGCGUCUUGACCGACACGUUUCUGUCCAUUUACCACCAGCGCGCGUCGCUCCCGCACAAGAGUUUUGACCUGCGCCGCAUCCAACUCAUCCAUCACCAUCAUAUUGCUCGGUCAGACGAUGGCCACAACAAGGACAUGCAUCAGCUCAAGAUCUACCACGAAGGCAUAAUCCACACAUUCGGCGUCGAGUCCAGCUACGAGUACCGCCAAUGGGUGUACCGCAUCGACGCCAAUCGACGCAAGCUCCUCGUUCCUUAACUUAAUCGUUUAACGUGUCUAUCAUCGUCUGCAACAUCGGGAUUGUUAAGGUAUAUAUAUUGUUGAAC